CCUCCACUACAGUUUCUACUACAACACCUUUAACUACUGCAACCACCACACCUUCUACCACAACUGAAACAACAACUACAACUCGGCCACCCACACCUUCUACCACAAGUGAAACAAGUACUACAGCUACUUCUACUACCACUACACCUACCACAGCUGAGUUACCUGUAGUGACAGGAGAAACCUCUCAACCAGCUACUGAGCGACAAAUUUGCCAUUGCCAUCAUAAUGGUACAAUGUUCCCCCCUGGCUCCAUAGUCUACAAUGAGACAGACAAUGAUGGCGACUGUUUCACAGGAUACUGCAAUGAGAGCUGUCAUGUCGUGCUCAAACAUCACCAGUGUCCUACACCAAGCGAUUGUGUUGUAAAUGAAGAAGAAAAAAAAGGAUGGGGAAAUUUGGAAGGAAAAGAACUGUCGUGUAGGAACAUGUGAUAAUGGCAAGGUGACCUAUAGCCAUACGCAGUGUCCAAUUCUAAAGCCUGUAGUGUGCGCAAAUAACUUCCCUCCUAAACAAGUGCUGGAUGAUGAUGGAUGCUGUUUCCACUAUGAAUGCCAAUGUAUCUGCUACGGUUGGGGAGACCCCCAUUAUGUCACCUUCGAUGGAACCUACUAUGGUUUUCAAGGCAACUGUUCCUACUGGCUGAUGAAAGAGAUCGUGCCCAAAUACAACUUCAGUGUUAUGAUCGAUAACUACUACUGUGGUAAAGAUGAUGGCUUGUCCUGUCCUCAGUCCAUCACCAUCUUCUACAGAAGCUACAAGAUCUUUAUGAUACAGAAAGAUAUCGAUGGCAUUUUCACAAAUCAGAUUUCUGUGAAUGACAAGCAUGUAAGUCCUGCAUACCAGACUGGUGAUUUCCGUAUAACCACCACCGGUAUUGAUACAGUGCUCGUCAUCCCUAAAAUCCAUGCCAAGAUCACCUUCUCAGGGCUCAUAUUCAGUAUCAAUCUGCCCUAUAGUGAAUUUGGCGGCAACACCUGGGGACAGUGUGGCACAUGUGACAACAACCGGACAGAUGACUGCAUGUUGCCCAGUGGCAAAAUUGAUCCUUCAUGUCCUAAUAUGGCACACGAGUGGCAUGCUAACGACAGUUACUGUGGACAAGUUCCCCCCAAACCAACACCUAUACAUAUUCCCUGCGAUACAACCACCUGUGAGAUCAUCAAGAGCAGUGUGUUUGGAGCUUGCCACAAGAUCAUCGACUACAGUCCAUUUAUUUUGGCCUGUGAGUUUGACGUUUGCCACCUGCACAUUAAACACAUUGGCUGCACCAGUUUACAAACCUAUGCUGAUGCCUGUGCCGAGUCUGGAGUGUGUAUUGACUGGAGGAGUGCCACCGAUGGACUCUGUGAAUAUAAAUGUCCAAGUCCCAAAGUGUAUGCGGCCUGUGUCCCUCAGGUGGAGCCGACCUGUGAUUCUUGGUACAACCAGAAAUUCAUCUAUACUGUCAAUGAGUUCAGUGCCAUGACAACUGAGAAGCUGGAGGGUUGCAACUGCCCAAAUGGCACCUUCCUCCUCUCCUCCAACUCUGACGAAUGUGUGCCCACCUGUGAAAUUUGUCGGCUGCCAAAUGGAAAAUGGCUACUGGCCAAUUCAACGUGGACAGAAAACUGUAAUGACUGUAUAUGUGAUGAGGACUCGCUGCAGGUCGUCUGCCGUCCCGUGUCCUGUCCAGCACUGCCACCCCUCAGCUGUGACCAAGAGGGUCAGGUCAAGGUCACUUACACUGUUGGCUGCUGUCAAAAGGAGAAGUGUGAAUGCGAUGUGAAGCGGUGCUCUAAUCCUGAGCCGUGUCCAGCUGGUUCUACUCUAAACACCACGAUGGGAGUCUGCUGUAACCAUUGUGUGCCUAAAAAUGACGUGUGUGUUUCCGGAAACCAUGAAUAUCAGGUUGGAGACGUUGUGCUCAUGAAGCCAUGUGACAGAUGUAUUUGUACUAACAAGACAUAUGAAGGUGGCCAUCCGAACAAAAUAGAUUGUGAGCCUCUACCAUGUGACAAAGACUGCUCUCUGGGAUCUGAGUACCAGAUCAUCGCUGGCAAGUGCUGUGGGAAGUGCGUCCCAAUAAACUGCGUUGUUGUGCUGCCGAACUCAAACUCCACACACAUAUUAAAGCCUGGCACCAUUUGGAUUCCUGCUGAGAACCCCUGUGUGAAGUAUGAAUGUGUGAAGAUCCGCUAAUCAGCUCAUCACCGUAGAAGCCAAGACCAUCUGUCCUCCCUACGACCCUAAAGAAUGCAUACCGGGAACCGAGACCAUAGCUCCAGAUGGAUGCUGCCACGUCUGUAUUCCGAAGGUCAGCCGUGCAGCGUGUCCACCACUGGCGUGUACCUGGAGAGCAACGGCUGCCGCGCCAAAGAACUGGUCAAUGUCACAUCCUGUAGUGGAGCAUGUGGCACCUUCACCUUCUACUCUACCAAAAUGAGAUCCUUGCAGCACACCUGCUCCUGCUGCCAGGAGCUUGCUACAUCUGAGCGGCAGGUCCAGCUCCCCUGCCCCGACAACACAGAGCUCACCUACACCUACAUCCACAUUGACGCCUGCGGGUGCCUCAAGACGGAUUGCUCUGCGUUUGGCCGCAGUGGAAUGGCGACCACUCCCUCCAGGGUCAAGUCAAAUCGACCCACAAGAUGAGGCAAAAACCAGGACAAGCAGAUGCACUGGCCAAUUGUAAUGAGCAUGAAUUAUAGCAGCAUUAACUGAAUCAAUAUCAUCUGCAUACAUAAUUCCUCUAUUUAUGUCUGAUGUAUUAGCGUACAUAGUUUAGUUUGAUAGGAUUAUAAACCCUGUAAGAUUUCACUAAUAAAGAUCAUACUGUAGCUGCAGGCGGAGCAUA